GCCCAGACUCGGGCAAGAAUGCCUACGCCUCGUAGCCAUCCAAACUACAAUGUCCAUUUCUCAAAUGCCAAGAUCAAAGCCAUUGUAUCCAAGAGCCUCGACGACGUUGACGACGACGAGAUCAGCAUUGAACCUCUACCGUCCGGCAGAUCUUUCAACAAUCGAAUCUACUACAUCAACAUCAACACCAGGCUCCGCGUUGGAGAAGAAAGUGUGACUUCAGACACCGAAACUGAGACCGAAGAAGAAUUGGAAAAGAUCACAAGCCGACGCACCCCAGCAACCACCUCUUUCGCCCUCAAAAUCAUUGGUCGCGGUUUUGACGAACGCAAAAUCCAGAACGAAAUCUCCUGCUUACUGCUCCUUGAGAAGUACUGUCCCUCCCUGUCAAUCCCGCGCGUCUUAUCCUGGUCCGAGGACGGCGAGAAGGUCCAAACUCGCAGCAAUCCUCAAGGCCACACCUCACUCCACGAGGCCUUCUUGGCUGGUCUUGAUGGCGAAGAAGACGCCUCAAAAGAAUCAGUGGGCCAAGGAUGGAUGUUGUUGAGCCGUGUUCCAGGUCAUGCCAUUACACUCAAAGACCUCAAAAGCCCUUACGGAAGUUCCAUCAUGCGCCAGAUUGCUGCUUAUGUCGCAAAUUGGAGAACCAAUAUGCCCCCAGGUAAUGCCAUUGGAAACUUGAUCCUUCUUGCACAAGGGGAGGCACCACCCCCAGCUGCAACCCUGUAUGUUCGUUCAAUUCUGCCAGGAAUGGACGUCUACAUUCAAGGCAGGCUUACAGGUCAUGUCCAACCCACUAAACCUCUCGUCAAUCAUCUGGUCUAUGUUACUCACCGCCUCAAUUCUGCACUACGAAAACUCGAAGAAGUAGAAAUCUAUGCCCACAUUCAAAAACCAAUGACUGCUAUGGUUCGCCGUUUUCUCCAGAAUACUCUUCCAUAUCUUCGAUUGUUUGCCAACUCUCGGGUUCCUCAAGAUCCACUGCUUCAGUCCGACGGCCUGGGACAAGCCUUUGUCCCACAGAAGUCUGUCUUCACUCAUUAUGACCUCUCUCCUCGCAACGUUUUGGUUACUGAAAGCGCGGAUGGUGUCAUUGAGGUUUCUGCAAUUCUGGAUGUGGAGUUUUCUGGACUCUACCCAGAGCCCGAGGAAUUCGCAAACACGUUGGUCAAUGAUGCCUACGACUGGGAAAAUGAGUCAUAUGCUGUUUUCCUUGAGCAGCUUCGAGAACUCAAUGCAGUGCCAGCUAGUUUAGCCCAGCCAAACUACACUUCCUACUUCGAGGCGAAGAAGUUUGACGACGACACCAAACAGGAGAAGGAGAUCCAGGAUGAGAUCAUUCCCUUUGGAGACGUCCUCUUCCACCAAGCAUGCCUAGUGAUGCGAAUCAUCGAAAAUGUUGCGCCGUGGUGGGUGAAGGAAUUGAGCGGCUUGAGCGACGAUGAGCUGAAGGAGGAAUUGUUCGGUGCUCUCAGAAGAGUAAAACGUUCUAUUAUCUCCCUGGAGGAGAUGGAUCAAGUGAUUCUGUGCUCCACAGCCGAUAUUUUACCUGGCCCAAAGAUCGGUGUUUCCCAGGACAAAGCCGAUUGA